AAAAAGGAAAAACAAAAAAUAGUAGCUUAGACGGAUUAAGGCGCCGUAAGUCUGACUCGAACGUUCGCCGUUCAGAGACCCCAAUUCUUCAGCAACAUUCCUGAGCUCUCUGCUCAUUCCUGUUUGCCCUAAUUUCUGCUUUCUCAAUUCACCUCCAACUCUUUCCUAUCACGUUAGUUUUACACACAAAAGAAGAAGGGAAUUUGGUUUUGGAGGCCAUUUUGAUUCUGCAGCUUUCAGCGCCUUUUGGUUCCUCGCCUUUUCCGGCGGCGGCCAUUGAUGUGCUCUUGAGGUAAAGAAAAAAAUAUUCCUUUCGCACAUUUCAAUAAUUUUCUAGUCUGUGUACCUCUGACUUCAACACGCGAGCUGGUUGCCAGGAUUUCUUUUUAUCCCUCUUAUACCGCAUCUAGAAAGUGUUAUUUGUGAUUAUUUGUUCGUGGCUAAAGUAAGUUUCUGCUGAUUUUUCUGGAAAGGAACCGUUUGAGCGUGCUGUAUUGGUUAAAAUUCGAGCUGAUUUUUUGUGAUUUACGUUUAGCUUGAGCUCUGAUACUGAGGUUUCUUUUAUUUUUCCUUGUUUUUGCUUUUGUACUUUGGUCUGGAAGGUCAUACUGAGGAAGGUGUAUCCAAGACAUUAAAGAGUGAAUUCUCAAUCUGUCUUCACGGUGAUAUUUAUUUUGUUAUAUAACCUUGGCUUAUGUGUCACCAUCAUCCGACAUGAAGCUGGCUGUUAGUCAGUAGUAUUGAUUAAUUAUGGAGGUGAUUAUGAGAUGAGAUGCAAGUUGCUGGGUUGGAAAAUAAGAAGAGGAAUUAGGGGUUAGGAGUUAGAUGGAGUCAAGUUCAGCUGUGGGAAGCUCAGGUUUUGAGGUCCAAGAGGAUGUAGAGUUUGAUUCACAUGGAGCAGCCUAUGAAUUCUAUAAGGAAUAUGCCAAGUCUGUGGGGUUUGGCACUGCAAAAUUGAGUAGUCGCCGGUCUAGAGCAUCCAGGGAGUUCAUCGAUGCUAAGUUUUCGUGUAUUAGGUAUGGAAAUAAGCAGCAGUCUGAUGAUGCUGUUAAUCCAAGACCUUCACCCAAGAUAGGUUGUAAAGCAAGCAUGCAUGUGAAGAGAAGGCAAGAUGGAAAGUGGUAUAUUCAUAGUUUUGUGAAAGAGCAUAAUCACGAACUUCUGCCAUCCCAAGCGCAUUUUUUCCGAAGUCAUAUGAGUGAUUCGCCUCGUAAGAAUGAUGCAAAAGUACGUAGAAGGAAGAUUUUGUCUUCUGUUGCCAAACCUUAUGGGGUGUAUCAGCUCUCAAGUCCAAUAGAUAAUUUUCUCAGAAAUCAGCAUGAUAGAGGUCGGAGUUUGACUUUAGAAGGUGGAGAUGCUCAACUUCUACUGGAACUCUUUGUUCAUAUGCAGCUAGAAAAUCCAAAAUUUUUUUAUGCGGUUGACUUCAACGAAGAGCAUCGACUAAGAAAUGUAUUUUGGGUUGAUGCUAAAGGCAUAGAAGAUUAUGCUUAUUUCAAUGAUGUCGUGUUGCUUGACACCGCUUAUUUUUCAAACAAGUAUAAACUUCCUUUAGUUCUUUUUAUUGGAGCGAACCAGCAUAUCCAGCCCAUACUAUAUGGAUGUGCAUUGAUUGCAGAUGACACAGUGUUUACAUUUGCAUGGUUGAUGCAGACGUGGUGUUUAGCAAUGGGGGGACUCCAUCCACAAGUUUUACUGACUGAUGAAAGCAACUCAAUGAAAACAGCUGUUGCCAAUGUCUUUCCAGAUACUCGUCACUUUAUCAGCCUGUUCAGUAUAUUGGAAAAGAUCCCUAGACAACUGCAGUAUCUCGGCCCUUGGCAUGAAACUUUUUUGGCGAAGUUUCUGAAAUGUGUACACAAGUCAUGGUCUGAAGAACUAUUUGAGAAGAGGUGGUUGAAGUUAGUAGAAAGAUUCAAUCUUCGAGAUGAUUUGUGGAUGCAGUCUAUCUAUGAAAGCCGCAAGCUAUGGGUCCCUACUUUUAUCAGGGAUGUAUCUUUUUCUGCAUUGUCUGCAGCUUCUAGAUGUGAAGGUCUGAAUUCUUUCUUUGACAAGUAUGUUCUUGUGGACACUUCAUUGAAAGACUUGGUCGCGCAAUUCAAGUUAAUCUUGGAGGACAGAAACGAAGAGGAGGCGAAGGCAAAUUUUGAUGCAUGGCACGAAGCACCUGAGCCGAAGUCUCCUUCACCUUUUGAAAAACAAAUGUCUCUUGUCUAUACUCAUGAAAUAUUUAAGAAGUUUCAAGUGGAAGUGUUGGGAGCAGCUGCAUGCCAUCUCAAGAAAGAACAGGAAGACGAGUCGAGCAUAACAUAUGUUGUAAAAGACUUUGAAAAUAACGAGGAUUUCAAGGUGGAAUGGAAUGAACAAAAAUUGGAAAUAAACUGCUCAUGUCGCUCAUUUCAAUACAGGGGUUAUCUGUGUAGGCAUGCUAUUGUGGUUCUCCAAAUGUCGGGUGUUUUUACAAUUCCAUUCAAGUAUAUCUUACAGCGCUGGACUAAUGCUGCCACAAGCAGGCACCCUAUUAGUGAAAAAUUGGAUGAGGUGCAAGCAAAAGUCCGUAGAUACAAUGACCUAUGUCGGCGUGCUAUCAUAUUGGGUGAAGAAGGAUCCCUAUCUCUUGGAAGUUAUACUAUGGCGCUUGGUGCUAUAAAUGAAGCUAUGAAGCAGUGUGUAAGUGCGAAUAACUCUACUGAGAAUGACUUGAGAACGGGUGCCGUAGCAACAAAUUUACAGGACAUCAAUCAAGGUAGCAUUGCGACAGGCGAUGGGGGGCCGCCUAGUAGUGUGGUUAUGCCAGCAAGUAAGAAUUCUAAGAGAGCUCAUUCUGGAAAAGAAAGGGAAAGUGUCGUCAGCAAUGUAAAUAAGAAGGGCAAGGUUCCAACAGAGCAAGGUGCUUCAAAUGUUGGAUCACACGGCGACUUUCACCAAAUGGUUCGUUGUACUUACCCUCUGAUGCUCUUCUAAAACAGAGAUAUGUACUUUUGCAUAUAUUGGAAUCGCAGUUCAGUGUGUUUUAUUCUCUUCGUCAGAGAUAUGGUGUAAAUCUUCUACUGGUUGAAGUAAUAUAGUCUCGUACUUGCAAAAUUUGCCACGACUUCUCAUAGUAAGUUGCAUGCAGAGUUUUGGAUGCCUCUUUGACUUUGAAAAGCUUUCUCCCAUUCUUACGAGUUUCUAGGGGAGAACUCAUAAAAUUCUCUUUCUUGAUGUGGACAUUUAUGCAACCUUACAAAUUUCUGUCUGACUCAAUUCUUACCCAAUCAAUCAAGUUUUGAUUUUUUAGAUUUAAAUCUCUGUCUUGUGUUUUUCUUCGGUCAAAAUGUGAGUUUUCAUUUUGACUAGGAUGUGCAUGGCGGUGGCUUGGAGUAUCCUAACGCAUAUCCCAGAUUUUUCACGACACUGUUAAGAACUGGCGAAAUGAACAAGAAAAACGUGGACAUGCUCAGUGAGAUGCUGGAGGAACAAAGUUGAAGGUGACCUGAAAAGAGGAAAAGGGAUGUUCAUGUCAUGAAUUGUCCGGAAGUUGCAAGCUCUUUCGCACUCCCUGCCCAUGGCUUCUUUGUGUGGAAAGAACAUGUUCUUCUUUUGGUUCACACCAUUCAGAUGCGCAAGCCGGCGAUCUGUUGCUGAGCACACAAUAAAGAAGCCGUCCGAAUCCAUGGAUUGAACAGAUCAGCGGAGAGCAUUGCAGUCAUACAUGCCUGAUUGCCUGGUGACAAAAUUUUCCAGCAAGCUGUAAUUAUACGAAUAAAAUGGUUCCAUUUGUCAACAAACCCAACUUAUAUGCCAGUUCAUUUUUUGCCCUUUUUUCGUCCAGCCAUCAAGGUGUUUAUGCUUCGGUUUCAGUUUAGAGGUCAUUAUGAUGUUUAUGAGGAGUUUUUUACCUAAAUAAUUUUUAAUGGAAGGACCUGGACAAAAAUAUAUGCCCUAGAGUGGUGUGGACAAAUCUAGUUAUCAAAUCCGAAUCUAUCCAUUUUGUAUUAGAUUCGGAUUUGCCAAAUCUGAAUCUCCUUGUAUUACAACUAUAUGAUGAAUUAAUUAUAUUCGGUA